UCGUUGAUGCAUUUAAACCACAAGUAGUUUUCCAAGAAGAAGCAUCGAACAAAACACGGACCUGUUUCACGACAGUCGAUCGUUUUCGCUUUAACGUCCUGUUCUGUGAAUUUAUCCGGCAAUAUAUGCUUUACGUAUGCUGUCAAUUUUGGUUUCGAAAGAUAAGAGCAUCGCUUUCAUUUCCCCCAGAAACAACAACGACUAAAGACUAGUAAAGCUCUGCAGCCAGACCACAGCAGUCCCCCUCGAGGAAAGAGGGUCAAUUAAACUCGGAAAGUCCAUUAAUUACAGUGCUUCAGAGAAAGAAAUCGCAGAAAAGGAGAACUUGAGCUUUGUCGACUUCGUGAGACAUAAGAUAGCACAACUAAAUCGUUGGAUUAUUAAUUCAGCUCUUAAGAUCAAAAACAUCGGUUUAAAACCAAAGAUACAGUCAUGGCAAUGCAAAUGGGAUUCUCCCCCGAAGAGGUUUUUCAUUAUUCCUCACCACAUAUUACAGAAUACGAUAAUGAAGUUUGCGAAGUAAAUAGUAUCGGCGUAUCGUGUCCUAUUCGCGAUAUCUGGAUGAAAUUUGAACUAUUGACUCCGCCACUUUCUCCAUGUCGGGAUAGUAGUUGUGCAUCAUCUCCUGUGUGCCUAAGUUCGAGCUCCAUUGACACAUUACAAUGUGUCACCGAUAUCAUAGAUGGGGAUAACUGCCGAACAUUUGUCGAGCUGGAGCACAAUUGUGCCAACUUAACAUCAAAACUCAUUCAAGAUUGCAUGUGGGGAAGUCACUCAUCGCAAGAAAAAAACAGCAGCAAACAAGUAGACAACGAGUACGACACCCCUUGCUCAUCGCCUCCACCUUUCUAUCCGAUCGACACUGUUGGGGCAGAAUGUGUAGACCCUACGUCCGUUUUCCCCCAUCACAUACACACCCAGGAAUUCCCGAGUGGUGAAUCAUCUUCAGAGGAGGAAAUUGAUGUCGUCAGCGUAGAGAAGCCAGUCAAACGAAAAUGCCCCGAACCUUGUAGCAAUAUCAAUGUAAACAAAAACACAGUUAAAGCUCUUCGGAACAACAUCCAACCGAUCGCCAAACGUCCGAGAAUGAAUCUUAAACGACAACAACAAGCGAACAAAGAAAACAAAGUGGAAAGCGCACAGAAAAGACCUGACUUAUCUAUUCGGCUUAAUGUAAAGGACAAGAGCACAGAUGACCCGGAAUGCAAGCGAAAUGUUCACAAUGUCCUUGAACGCAAGCGAAGAAACGAUUUGAAGUACAGUUUUCAACUUCUACGCGACAGCAUGCCUGAACUUAAAGGUUAUGAACGAACCCCCAAAGUGGCAAUACUAAGAAAAGCAACGGACUGUAUAUCAAAGCUAACUUCCGAACAGGAACGAUUACUUGAAGACAAGACGAUGCUCGAGAAACGAAAGCAGUCAUUACAUGAAAAGUUACGACGACUAAAGCAAUUAUCGUAGUUAAAACACGAACACGAAGGUAUAAUCCCCGAACAGUUGCUGUCUAUACGUUAAAAAAGUUUUAUAUUUAAGUUAAAAUAUCACAGUUGUCUGGGCUUAAUGCCAACAUUUCCGUCUGUAUUGGUCUGGUUUUUAUCGAACUAAAACAGCAACUUCCGCUUUUUGCGUUCGUAAAACACCAAAUAUUAUAUUUACAGUCAGAAUAUAGGGAUGCACUGCACAAAAUAAGUAAAAUACGUCGAUUUUUUGGAUGUAUUUUGAUGUUGGUCCUACGACAGUGAUCAAGAUCACCAACAGAUUUGCAUACUUGUUGAAAAAGCGCGCGAAAGAUGUCAUAAAUUAGCAUAGGUUAUGUAUCAAUUACCGUGCUUCUUCUAUCGAGAACAUUGUAUACACAAUUUCUUAUUUUUUGAAAAUUAAGUAUUUUACUAGCAUAUUUAAGUAUUAAGUAAUUUAACAAGCUCGUCCUCCGAGUUCUUUAAACUAUAUAUUAAUUUUGAUAAGAAAGAUACGUUGGCGUUUUUACCAUGUAAACGGAGAACACGAAUAAUCACCGUGAUUUCACAUGUAACUUGUAUCAAGCAUAAUUGCACGUUAUUUGUUCGCGAUACGGUACCUUUAAAUAUAUUUAAGUUAAAAUAGAGUUGGGUAUGCAUAAUUAUUGUAAAAGUAACAUGAGUCCAGUAUGUAAACGUUUAUUAAACUUGACGAUAUCGUUA